AUGCCCGCACCCCGUCCGCCAGCCCAGUCAAGGGCCCGCAAGUCGACCGUCCCCGACCCUGACCUGUACGGCGACGACCCAGACCCCUCGAGCGACGACCAACCGCCCCCGCCCAAACGCGCCAAACCCGCCCCGCCCGCCUCCAAGCAGCUCAGCCGCCGCGGCUCAAAGGGCCCCCAGCCCGUCCGCGGCACCGUCAUCGCCGACAACGGCCGCAGGAGGAGCACCCGCCUCUCGAACGAGCACGCCCCGGACGACGACGACCACCCUGUCGGCGCCGACUCGUCCUCAUCACGCGCCAACAACGCCUCGACCUCGGCACCGGCGCGCAAGGCCAAGCCCUUGUCCAAGGCCAAGAAGCGGCCCCAUCGCGACGACCGCUCGGCGUCCGACCCAGACGACGCCGCCGACGAGCCCGACCACCCGCCCGCACCAGCACCCUCGAGGUCCAAGUCGUCCGCCAAACGGCCACGAGUCGCGCCCGGUCAAGACGCCGACGGCGACAACGCCUCGUCCAGUCUAGCAACCGCCGCCGCACCCGUCGCGUCGAGCAGCAGCGGCGCUCCUCCUGCGCCGGCCCCCGCCCGCCGCGGCUUUGUUCCUCGAGCCGUCGCCGACCUCGCACAACGCGUCAACAAACUGCCGCCGACUUAUGCCGCCGCCCUCGUCGACGACGACGACGAUGCAGGCGAUGGCGCCGCCGACCCGUUCCCGUUCACGACCAACCCGCCGACGCCGCACGCCAAGAAGAAGUCGCAAGGUGCGGCAGGGAGCAAGGCGGCGAGCGCGGCCAAGGGCAAGGGCAAGGGCAAGGCCCCUCGAGUCGUGCGACCCGCCUCGCCUACCUCAGACGCCGAGGACGACAACGCCGCCGGCUCCGACACGGACGUCACGCCCGACUCGGCCGCCCACCCUCCCUCGCACGCCGCCGCCGCCUCGACCUCGGCUCGCCGCGCCCGCCCUGACGCGACCCCGCCUCGCGCUCAGGGCCGGCACCCGCUCCCGCACGACGCUGCCGCCGCCGCCGCCGACGGCCGCGCGAGCGUCCACGUGCACGAGACGCCCGUCCAGGUCAAGAACAUCGCGUUUCGCGCCGGCGCUGGGCCGGGGACGCCGGCGACGGUGCAGCGGACGAUGGGCGGAUCGGGUGCAGCGAGUGCGAGGCGGAACAGCGUGAGGGGGAGCGCGACGAGGGGCAGCAGCAUCGGCGGCGGGUUUGACGCCGUCCCGCAUCCGCAAGUCGCCGACGACAAGCUGUACCGCUCGACUGACGCGUCCGACCCGCUCGCCAAGCGGCUCCGAGCCCUCCUCAGCUGGGCGUCGCAGCGCACCCGGGGCCGCGUCCUCGCGCCGUCGGGCCUCGGCGACAAGGGCGAGGGCGACGAGGUCGAGCGCGCCGCGAGGGAGAUCGUCGACAGCUGGGUCGACGACGUGUGCCGCCUCAAGGUCGACACGAGCGUGCCUUUCUCGGAGCCGAGCGCGUCGCAGGACCCGGCGACCCUGCCUCCGCACCCGCAAAACGAGGCCAACGCCGCUCGUCUCGGCGAGCUCGAGGCCGCCUACGCAGCCAUCGCCCAGGAGCAAGCCCGCCGUCACGCCCUCGAGCCGACGUACCAGGCCUUCUUCGACCGCCGCUCGGCCGCUCACGACGCAGCCCCGGCCCCGCAACGCGCGUGGGACGACCCGGUCAAGAUGGCCCGCACACUCGACACGUCGUCGAUGUCGCUCGCCGCCGCCGACCCGCCGCUUUCGGCGCUCCCGCUCUCGAGCCUCGCCGACGCCCGCGCCCUCGGGCAGCGUGUCCUCGCCGGCGACCUGUCCCUCGCGGCGAGCAGCGUGUCCUCGACCUCGCCGGCGACGGACCGUCCCGAGAUCCAGCGCGCGCUCGUCGGCACGGCGCAGCUCGCGCACGUGGCGCACCGCCUCGAGGGCUUUGUGCGCGCCGCGAGCGCGUACGUGCGCCACCGCGGCAAGGAGACGCACGCCGUCCUCGGGCAGCUCGGCGCCGGCGCGGCCGCGCCGGGUGCGGCGGCGCCAGGAGGCGAGGGAGCGGGACUUGCGGCGGCGGCGGCGGCAGUUGGUGGCGCAAUGGCGGGCUCGAGUGGUGGCUCGACGCAGGCGGGCGCAGGGGUCGAUGCGCGAGAUCUGCUGCGCGCGAUCGCCGGCGCGGACACGGCGCGGCGUUGA